AUGGACCCAAACAAAUGGACAGAUGCAACUGUUCAAAUGUUCAAAGAAUCACAAGAAAUAGCAUUUGAAAGAAAAAAUGCAUACAUUAUGCCAAUUCAUAUGAUGGAAGCAAUUGUUGAAGAAGAAUCAAAUAUUGUUAUCCGAAUAGUUGAAAUGAUGGGAGGUGAUGUUAAUAAAUUAAAGAAAGAAAUAAAAGAAACAAUGAAUAAAAUUCCAGUUCAAAAUCCACCACCAGUUGAUAUUGGACUUCAUCCAACAACACAACAAGUAUUAAGAAGAGCAAUAGAGAAACAAAAAAGAAUGGGAGACUCAUAUCUUGCAAUAGAUGUAAUUGUAAUGUCAUUAAUGGAAGAGAAAGAAAUUAGUACAAUAGUAGGAAAUAGUGGAAUUAAUGUGAAAGAAUUUAACAAAAAAAUAACAGAAAUGAGAAAAGGACAAAGUGUAGAAACAAAAGAAGCAGAAAGUCAGUAUGAAGCAUUAAAGAAAUAUGGAAAUGAUUUAACAGCACAAGCAGAAAGCGGAAAGAUGGAUCCAAUUAUUGGAAGAGAUGAAGAAAUUAAACGAGUUAUUCGUAUUUUAUCAAGAAGAACAAAAAAUAAUCCAGUAUUAAUAGGAGAACCAGGAGUAGGUAAAACAGCAGUAGUUGAAGGACUUGCACAACGAAUAGUUAAAGGAGAUGUUCCAAGUAAUUUACAAUGUCGAGUUAUUGGAUUAGAUAUGGGAGCAUUAAUAGCAGGAGCACAAUAUAGAGGACAAUUUGAAGAAAGAUUAAAAGCAGUAAUAAAAGAAGUUAAAGAAAGUAAAAUACCUAUUAUAUUAUUUAUAGAUGAAAUUCAUACAGUAUUAGGAGCAGGAGCAACAGGAGAAGGAGCAAUGGAUGCAGCUAAUAUUUUAAAACCAAUGUUAUCAAGAGGAGAAUUACGAUGUAUUGGAGCAACAACAUUAGAAGAAUAUAGAAAAUAUGUAGAAAAAGAUCCAGCAUUUGAAAG